AUGCCCCAUCCCACCGCAUCUAUCCUGAUUACCGACAGUGGCGCCGACCAAUUCUUGGCAGGCUACGUUUGGAGAAGGAUUGGUAUCACUGGAAGACACAUUGCAUUCACAGGGCCUAUUGCAGGUCGAGAUAUUGGUACUGUCUUACCAGUGUCAUCAGUUGCCAGCAAGAUAAUUGAUGCACAAGGCAACACCUAUUGUGGUAAAGCCCAUGAAAUCCUCCACGACACUAACCCACACCAACAUGAAUCUUUACUCCCUCCAGCUCUACUCCCUCCAGCUCAGGCCCGCGCAGCUGGUAAUGCUGUGGAUGAGUGCCCAUCUGAUGCACUAACACCAAGAGGUGACUAUGGAACUCAAUGUUGUGUGAUUAGUGGCCAUACACUUCUAUUAUUCUUUCAUGGAUUCAAGUGUUACUACCGUGUGGAGGCCAUCACUGAUGAAGAAAUGAGAACUUCGCCGGAAAUUGUAUUCACCAGUGAUGAGGAGUAUGAGCCUUCUGCCUGCAGUAAACCUUGA